CGCGACACAUUCUAAUCUUAUGACGCACUAGCGCCAAGAAAUCGACGCCAUCUUUGGUUCAGUGAGCACUUGCGGUACUUUAUAUUCGACCUUUCAUUUCCCUGACACCAGUUGCUAGAGGUACUUGAGGUUUUUAUUUUCUUUAAAGUUUUUUUGUGUUUUUGGUUUUUUUCUUUCACUCAAACUAUGGACUCGCAAGGAAGCACAUCAGACAAGCACAAUGGAAGAUGUUGGUCAAGGUCUUGGGGAAGAAAGCCCAACCAACCUUAUCAUCAAUUAUCUGCCACAGACCCUGACAGAUGAGGAAUACCGUUCCAUGUUUCUCAGCAUUGGGCCCAUCAAGUCUGCAAAGAUCAUCCGAGACAAAGCCACAGGUUACAGCUAUGGGUUUGGGUUUGUAGACUACCAGCAUGCAGCUGAUGCAGAGCGAGCAAUCCAGACACUGAAUGGCUUGCAGUUGCAGAAUAAGCGUAUCAAGGUUGCCAGAGCUCGAAUGGGAGGAGAAAACAUAAAGGGAGCUAACUUGUAUAUCCGCAAUCUUCCAAUCCCCUGGACAGAGAAUGAGCUUAACAAACUGUUUGAGCCCUAUGGCAAGAUCAUCCAGUCAAGGGUGUUGGUGGACCUUCAGACGGGAGUCUCCAAGCGUGUUGGCUUUGUGCUCUACAACACUCGACAGGAAGCAGAAGCAGCUAUUCGCUCUGUUAGUGGAACCACUCCAGAAGGCUGCACAGAACCAAUUCUAAUCAAAUUUGCUGAUGACAACUCUAAAAAGAUGCGGCCACCAAAUGUGCAGUAUGUUCCCAGUCCAAUAUUUCCUGGGCAUGGCCCAGGACCCAUGCGAAAUCAGGGCAACAGGUUCCGGUACAACCCCAUGUCUGGUAACUACAAUGUGCAGAGUUCUACAUUGAAUGUAAGCCAGGGAGGUUAUGUCAUCUUUGCCUAUAACAUUGGCAAUAAUGCAACAGAGCGCACACUGUGGCAGCUGUUUUCUCCCUUCGGCACUGUGCAAAAAGUGAAUGUGGUGAUGGAACCAGGGAAGGGUGUGUGCAAGGGCUAUGGUUUUGUCACAAUGACAAACUUUCAAGAAGCACAAAAUGCAAUCAACCAUUUAAAUGGAUUUUACUUCCAAGGUCGACCCCUGCAGGUUUCUUUCAAGACAUAAAAUGCUGAUUUUCAUUGCAAGUUUUUAACAGUGACAGCAUCUCUCUUCCCCCCCCCCCACCCCCCUUCACCUCUUUAGUGGUCAUCCAUACUUAUGAUGUAUUAGUAUUUGUAUCCCUGCAGGAUAUGUGUCAGCCAGCUUAUUGCUUGUGCAGACUAGUUUCUCAACCUCUCACUGAUAUUGCUUCAUUGCAGCUAGGCAGUGGUGCCUGUGUAAGAUGCAAGAAUUUAAAUCAUUAAAUUGUUAGUCAAAUUGCUCUUGUGCUGGGGCUCUUUUGCCACUAAAUUUGUGGAAACCUGUAAGCAGGGGAAGAAACCUAACAAAAUACCUGGUGUUUUCCUUUUUUAUUUGAAUUACACCUUUGUGGGCUAGAUGAAAAAAGGAUGCUUUUUUUGUGAAGUCAUUUGAAAUUAUUAUUAUUAUUAUUAACCUUGUUGCUGAUAAGUCAUUUUUGCAGCAGAAGGGUCAGACUUAGAUUUAAAAAAAAGUUUUGUGAUCAUGUGCUUCAAAAGAGGAGAUUGUCCCUCCUUGCUUGUCAGCUCUUAGUACGGAUUCUUUGUGGAGCAGUGUUGCUAGGAGUGGUUAUGCACUUCAGUUGUUUUGAAUUGUUUCUCUGUUGAUGGAAUUGUUUCUGCUCAGCUAAAUGAAAGUGGGGUUUUUAGGACAAAAAAAGUGUUUAAAUCUAUAAAGGCUUUCAACUAGUUACAAACUUUAUGCUGGGCUGGCAUAGGGGGGAAAAUGCAGGUGAUGUUAAGAAAUAACUGGUUUUUAGGGGUUCAGCGCUUAAAUUAUUAUGAAAAAAGUAAAAGGGUGCAUUUUUCUUUAAGAGUUUGUUUACCAUGCAGGCUUUAAAAUGUCUGGUGGUUUGGUUCUAAUUUUGGAAAAAAAAUGUUUUGGGGGAAAUAUGCAAUGCUUAGACUACUUGCAUUCAAGUGUGGAUGAAAUGAGGGCUGAAAUUUUAUGGUCAUGCACGGAAGCCUCAUUUGCUUCCCGUUCCGUUUUUUUCUUGUGUAUAUUUAAAAUAAAUAUCCUGUUAUUCAUUAGAAUUUAUUAUUUUACUCUUAUUUGAAAUUUGUGCUACUUUAAAGAUCUGUUUGGUGGGCAUGUGUAGCCUAGCCAUAAUAAUCUUGCAUUCAGACCUGUAUGCCCCAUCUAAAUUAUAAAUGGGUACUACAAUUAUCAUUACUACUGCUUUAUGCUGAAAGUUCAGAAUUAUUUGUAUUGAAUUAUAACUUGUCAUAAAUAUGGUUUUAAACGUUUUUUUUUUUUCCUCUUUCCCAGCAAAAAGUGUGACAUAUUUGUAGAAAAGGGUAGAGGCUGAAAAGUUCAGCUUACUUGCCUGCAGAAUUACUUUUAGUACAGUCCUUUUAAGGUAAAAAAGCAAAAAAGCUGUGGUUAUUUCAUGAGUUUCCCACCUCCCCAAUUAAAGAGCUACUUUGCAUU